CGCCCCUCAUCCAACUACACAUUUCCCUCCUUCAGUUUUCCCUCUUUAUCGGAAUGUCUUCAGUUGAAAAUGUUUCUCAGCCCAGUCUUUUGCAGGAAUUUUGUGUACGAGAAGAUUUGUCUCGACUUAGUAUUGAACCGAAACCUGUUUCUCAUCUACGCCAAGCAACAAUAUCUUUACUGCACCCUCUGGAGAAAGCUAAUAAACUAGAAUUAUGCCGUCCUAAAAUGGAUCUGUCUACAAUCUCUGAAUCACCUCGCAGGAAUUGUGACAGAUACAAACAUGAGUACCUUGAUUUACAACCACUUGGCAAGAUUUGGAGACAGGAGUUAAUCAAGAUCCCACCUUUUUCUCGAUUAAUUUUUGAUCUUACGUUACCACCAAGCUGCCUUGGUGUCAAUGGGAGAACCAGUCGAUUUCUAUUGGGAUAUAUCUGUUCCUGAGAAACCAGUAUGGUGAUCCAAACCAAGGAAAUUCUUGAUAUAGUCAACACUCUUGCUCUGACAACAAGAAUGCGGGUAAAGGGUGAAGUUUAUUUCGAUAUCUCUGACGAUUUGACGGGGGGUAUGAGUUUAAGUGCUAUGGAAGUUUUAAAACGCCAGGUCGUUGCACUCAACAGAAAUCCCUCCAGCGAAACAGGAGAUGGAAAGGAGGGCGUUUCUGAAACCACCGCCGACUACAGCCAGC